GCUGACCUUCCAGGAGUUAGCUCGCCGUUCUGUUGGUGUGUCGUUUUGUGUGUUUCUCUCUCUCUCUCUCUCUCUCUCUCUCUCUCUCUCUCUCUUUCUCACAGCAGAUCACUAGGAGAUAGAAGGCAGGUGAUCUCUCCUACGUCCAGGUCAGCAGCUUCACAGCUAUGGCGGCUGCUGUCGCGCCGGCGCCGGCUGAGACGGCAGCGGAGACGCAGCCUGUUCCUGUUAAGCGCGCACUCAUCACGGGUAUCACCGGGCAAGAUGGGUCUUAUUUGGCGGAAUUUCUGCUGAGCAAGGGGUACGAAGUCCACGGGAUAAUUCGACGGUCGUCUAAUUUCAAUACCCAGAGAAUUAAUCACAUCUAUGUGGACCCCCAUGCCGCUGGCGCCAGGCUGAAGCUUCAUUAUGGCGAUUUGUCCGACAGCAAUUCCUUGCGGAAGCUGAUUGAUGUAGUGAAUCCCGACGAGGUGUACAAUCUGGCGGCUAUGUCCCACGUGGCAGUGUCUUUCGAGAAUCCCGAGUACACGGGCGACGUGACAGGGACCGGAGCGCUGCGACUGCUGGAAGCCGUCCGAUCUCAUAUCCGAACGACCGGUCGCAAGGUGAAGUACUACCAAGCCGGGUCGUCCGAGAUGUACGGAGCCACCCCUCCCCCCCAGAGCGAGACCACCAAGUUCCAUCCCCGUAGUCCUUACGCCGUCGCCAAGGUCGCUGCCCAUUAUUACACCGUUAAUUACCGCGAAGCGUACGGGUUGUUCGCCUGUAAUGGCAUCUUGUUUAAUCAUGAAAGCCCGAGGAGAGGCGAGAAUUUCGUCACUAGGAAAGUGACACGUGCCGUCGGGAGAAUCAAGCAUGGAUUGCAGAAAAAACUCUAUCUUGGUAAUCUGAAAGCGUCGAGGGAUUGGGGAUUUGCAGGCGAUUAUGUGGAGGCGAUGUGGUUGAUGCUCCAGCAAGAUGUGCCAGACGACUACGUCGUUGCGACAGAGGACUCGCACACUGUGGAAGAGCUUCUCGAAGAAGCGUUUAGCUAUGUCGGACUCAAUUGGAAGGAGCACGUGGAGAUUGACCCCAAGUAUUUCCGGCCUAGCGAAGUAGAUAACCUGCGGGGAAGUGCAGCGAAAGCGCGGGCGAAGCUUGGAUGGAAGCCGCGGGUUCAUUUCAAGGAACUCGUGAAAAUGAUGGUCGAAAGCGAUCUAGAGCUCGCGGCGCGAGAGAAGGUCCUCGUUGAGAAUGGAUUUCUUAAUCUCACUAUUUAAGUCGGAAAAAAAAAAGUCGGCGAAAUCUGGGGAAGGAAAAGGGAAAGGGAAUAGUAAUUGUGUUGUUCUUCUCGAGAAGCUCGCCAAGGUGAUGCCGAACAGAGAGCUUGCAUCACGAACGAACGCGAGAGAGAGAGAGAGAGAGAGAGAGAGAGAGAGAGAGAGAGAGAAUAAUUGUGUUCUAUUCGAGAAUCUUGUCAAGGUGAUGGCGAACGGAGAGCUAGAGCUUGCACCACGAGAGAGAGAGAGAGAGAGAGAGAGAGAGAGAGAGAGAGAGAGAGAGAGAGAGAGAGAGAGAGAGAGAGAGAGAGAGAGAGAGAGAGNAGAGAGAGAGAGAGAGAGAGAGAGAGAGAGAGAGAGAGAGAGAGAGAGAGAGAGAGAGAGAGGAGUUUAAGGAGAACUACUUUUGCGAGGAUUGUUGUUGAAUAAUUGGGGAAAGAGAUGCAUUCUCUUUUUCCAAGGACUAGGCCGACCCUCUACACGAUGACGAGUGGCAAGAGGAGAGUGUGAGCUGAUGUCCUUCAUCAUCGCUUGGCCAGUCCGAGGUCUUGCUUGCAUUCUUGACCAUGGUUAGACUGGUGGCUGAACGUGUACGUGCGGACUCAGUAAACCACAGUUGCCGCCCGUUAUCCUCCAUCGUCAGCUUACCGUUAUCCACCGUCAACCACCGUUAUGAUCCACAGUGACUCCUAGUUAUCCACCGUUAUCCACCGUCAACCACCGUUACGAUUCACAGUGACUCGUAGUUAUCCACAGGUAUGCACACUUGCCUUGUCCGCAGUUGUCCCACCGUUAUUCAUUUUUAACCACUCCACCGUUAUCCACCGUUAUCCACCGUUAUCAAAAGGCAUUCCGAGCGUGCGACGAAGGUUUUCAAUGAGCCGCGACGAGCUUCUUUCUCGUAUCCACUCAACCGUUAUUUACCGUUAUCCACCGUUAUCCACCGUUAUCGAAAGUCAUUUCGAGCGUGCGACUAAGGUUUUCAAUAAGCCAUGACGAGCUUCUCGUCCUUUUUUUUUUUUUUGAAGUUUCUCUUUUCUAAUUCUUUUUCCGAUAAUGAAAGGGUACUUUUUUC